AUGGUGCAUAUCCCAGCAUUAUCCGACCAGUACUGGGAACAGCUUUGGAAGAUGCGCUCAAAGGGUCUAUCUUGGAAGUUGGGUGACCUACUUCUGGUACGUGGGGCCCAGAUUGACCUCCAUUGGGCCUAUCUUGGUGACCUCAAGGACUUGGGGUCGUGUUUGCAAAUGUUCAGUGAACGGGGCUACCUCGCAGCUGUUGCCUACCUUCUAGAUCACAGCAAAGAUAUAGAAGACCGCGGAGGUCAGAACGCCAACGCGCUCCAAGUUGCCUGGGAUGCCGGCUACGUCGAUGUUGUUGAGGUUCUACUUCAAAGACGCGCAGGGGUGAAUGCUCCAGGGAAGGCCCUCGGAACUGCAAUCCAGGCCGCUGAAAGAAGGAACCACGAGCAGAUAGUCAAGCUCUUGAGAGAACACGGCGCUGGUAUCUAG